ACUAAAAAGAAGGAGGGGAGAUAGAGAUGAUAGAUUUUUUAUAGCAAAGAAAGAGCUUUUCUGUUGUUGCAAGUUGUAAUGUUAUUUGUAACAUCAACUGAUGAUAUUUUGUACUAUGCACAGAUUUAUAGCUGUUCUAAUUUCAGGGGAAUAAUGCAAAACGGUCUGGUUUCUGGGCGCAUACAUUGUUCGGGAUCUGUACACAGGAAGCUGGAUCACUUCUUUUGAAAUUAUGGUGAACAAAAAUAAUCUAUUUGUAUUAGUGUUAAGAAAAAUAAAAGGGAAACUGAAAGUACUAGAUUUAAAAGGCGGAAUUUUCCUGGUUAUCUCCCCUGAUUUCAACAACCCGCCAUGGAAAUUGUCAGCGGUGUAAACUCGCUUUUUUUUACUCUGGGCAAGAGUUUUUAUUAUAGAUUUGUAGCUUAUUGAUCUAAAGAAAAUAUUGGCAAAUAAAAUUCCGUGUUCCCUUCUUUUGGCAAGAUUUUUGUUUUAUUCCCUCUUCCUGAUUUAAUUCAUGGGGAAAAAAGAAUUUUAAUUAAUGUGGCCCCUGGCCUUGGCCCUGGGCACUCCACUUCUGUUCCUGAAAAAGCGUGCUUCGCGGAGCCCGCUCUUGCUAAAUUUAAGUCCAUAAGUUUAUAUAGGGAUGCACUGUUGCUAUAACGUCAUUUUCAAGCUUCGAAAAUGGCUGAUCUAGCAGCGGGUUUAGACAGUGUCCUUCUCAUCGCCGACUCCUAUAAGGUGACCCACCACCGCCAGUACCCGCCCAACACAAGCAUCGUCUACUCCUACUUCGAGAGCCGCGGGGGCAAGUUCCCAGCCACCUGUUUCUUCGGCCUGCAGUACAUCCUGAAGCGCUGGCUGGUCGGUCAAGUGGUCACUCGGGAGAAGAUUGAGGAGGCCAGGGAGAUCUUCCAGCUGCACUUUGGACAGAACGUCUUUAACGAGGAGGGAUGGAACUACAUCUUGGAGGUGAGUGUGUUCAAAGACCCGGUGACGGACCACGGCAAGAAGAGCAAGAAGGGCCGCCUGACCUUGGAGUGUCACAAUGGGAAGUUUGUCACGUAUGAGGAGGGCAAGGGAGACCCCAACAAGGACAUUAUGCAAGUCGUGUUUGAGAACGGGAAGCUGCUGAAAGACUUUGACUUUGCCGAAGUUCGAAAGAAUGCAGAAAUUGAUCUCGUGAAAAAGAAAAGUGAUUCGAAAUUGGAUGCGGAAUCCUGAGAGAUUUGGGAACUAUGGCAUGAGUGGAAGCUUGAUGACGAAAGCUGAACUGUUAGUUCUAGAAGAUGAAACAUUUGUGUCAAAGGUCAAACGUUUAGUUAUAUGUUGGGAUAUGUUUUAUGUUGAAAGCUAUUGUUAGUGAGAUGAAAAGAAAUGUUGCUGCUGAAGGCUGAUUUGUGGGUGGUGGUGGUGGAAUCUUGCCUGCUUUGUACAAGUAAAUAAACAGAGCUUUCCUAGUGGGGUGGUGAACGAACUUUCAUGGUAAACAAUGGUGUGUUGAGUGUGAUUAUGUGUCUAUGGUAGUGGUGAAACAGAACUAUGCCCCCCCGCCGCAACACCCCCCCCCCCCC